CGUCAACCAGAUGAAAGCAAAGAAUGAUACACAGAUUUCAGAAUUUCUUCUCCUGGGACUUUCAGAGGAACCAGAAUUGCAGCCCUUCCUCUUUGGGCUGUUCUUGUCCAUGUACCUGGUCACCAUGCUGGGGAACCUGCUCAUCAUCCUGGCCACAAUCUCAGACUCCCACCUCCACACUCCCAUGUACUUCUUCCUCUCCAACCUGUCCUUCGUAGACGUCUGUUUUGUGUCCACCACUGUCCCGAAGAUGCUGGUGAACAUCCAGACACAGAACAAAGUCAUCACCUACGCAGGCUGCAUCAGCCAGAUGUGCUUUUUCAUAUUCUUUGCAGGAUUGGACCUCUUUAUGCUGACCGUGAUGGCCUAUGACAGGUUUGUGGCCAUCUGUCACCCCCUGCACUACACGGUCACCAUGAACCCCAGGCUCUGUGGACUGCUGGUUCUGGCGUCCUGGAUCACGAGUGCCCUGAAUUCUUCGUUGCAAAGCUUAAUGGUAUUGCACCUUUCCUUCUGUGCAGACUUGGAAAUUCCCCACUUUUUCUGUGAACUUAAUCAGAUCAUCCACCUUACCUGUUCUGACACUUUUCUUAAUGACAUGGUGAUGUAUUUGUCAGCUGUGCUGCUGGGUGGGGGAUGUCUCAUUGGGAUCCUUUACUCUUACUCUAAGAUCGUCUCCUCUAUACAUGCAAUCUCAUCAGUUCAGGGGAAGUACAAGGCAUUUUCCACCUGUGCAUCUCACCUCUCGGUUGUCUCCUUAUUUUAUUGUACAAUCCUAGGUGUGUACCUUAGUUCUGCUGCAACCCACAACUCACACUCAAGUGCUGCAGUCUCGGUGAUGUACACUGUGGUUACCCCCAUGCUGAACCCCUUCAUCUACAGCCUGAGGAAUAAAGACAUAAAGGGGGCUCUGACACAAUUCUUCAGAGGGAAAACAAUAAAAGGGCUGUUUUCCAAGAAGGGCCUGUAA